AUGGGGUACAUCCACGAAGUGGGCGGCAAGGACGACCUACAGGGGACGUGGGCAAAGAAUGAUACGACCAUGGGCGGAACCUUCGAGGAGUGUUGCGAUGAGGUGUUUUGCGCCGACUACAACUGCACCUCCGACUACGAUGGUGACGGCAUCGGCACGAUGUACAACCGCAAGAAGGACAGCAAGGCGGUUCGCUGGCAGGGAAGCACCGAUGAGGAGUGCUGUGAGCCCCGGAAUUGCAAAGACUACACCACGCAGUUUCCAACGAAGUGGACUCGGAAAGCUGCCAAGGACGACGAGCCUCAGCUGGGGAGCACGGAUGCUGAGUGCUACGAACCGCUGCUUUGCAAGGACUUCUGUGGCUGCAAAGAUGCCAAGAAACAGCUGAUCAAAAACGCCGCUGCCACGCAGGGCUCCAGCGUCGAGGAGUGCUGCGAGGCCGUGCCGGAGGAAGCGGCCCAGUGA